ACGUUAUGGAAAAUAAACUAUAAACAGAAAUUAUACAACAGUUCACUUGCAAUGUGUGUGUAUAAUAAAGUAUCAAAACCUAUAAAAAUAUUACUCUCAUCUUCGUAUCAAAAUGUCCUUCCUGCUGCAUCUUGUAUUCACUGCGGUGCUGCUUUCAAUCAUGUGACAAGUUUUUCUUCAACUAACAUAUGGCAUCACCAGCAGAGGCAGCAACACACUGGCAGCACAGAGUUUUUAAAAGACAUGUCAUCUUGGCAGAGGAUCAAAUGGAACAUGGGCUUCUCUGGCACUUUGAGAGUCCCAAAGAGAAGGUUGAUGAUGUCAGGUUUAAACUUGUAUGUGUGCUGCACAGAUUUCUUAGACUUUAAGGACUAUGUUGAAGCCUUCAGUAUACCAGACACGUUUACAUCUUGGUUUCUACUCUUACAGUUACAUUUAUGGAUGGUGAAUGUGAAGGUCACGCAACUGGGUAAAGAAGGUUUCAUCUUAAAAGAAAGUAUGUACAGGGCCAUGUGGAUUGAUGUGGAGAAGAGACUUAAUACAUUUAAGGAUCUAACAGGUGGAGAGAAAAGAAAAGCUAUGGAUGACUACUACAGCUUUAUGAUAGCUUCUAUCUUGUACUAUGAUAAGGGCAUCAUGGGAUCUGACAAAGUGCUGGCCAACUCCCUGUGGAUACAGCUGUACGGACAGGACCCCGGGGUCAAGUUUGACAAGUUGCAGCUGGUCGUGGACUACGUCAGGAAACAGGUAUAUCACCAUGACCACCUGGACCCCCAGCCCAUCCUGCACCCCGGUCACAUCCCCUUCCUGCCUGUUGUUGGUGACAAACUGGAUGAAAGCAAAUCACUGAAGAAUUAUCAAAUGUUGCUGUCAGUGUGACACUUCAGUGAUUAGGUCAUUGUCUGGAUGAUGUGACACAUCACCAGUUAGGUCACUGUCUGGAUGAUGUGACACAUCAGUGAUUAGGUCACUGGAUGAUGUGACACAUCAGUGAUUAGGUCACUGUCUGGAUGAUGUGACACAUCAGUGAUUAGGUCACUGUCUGGAUGAUGUGACACAUCAGUGAUUAGGUCACUGUCUGGAUGAUGUGACACAUCAGUGAUUAGGUCACUGGCUGGAUGAUGUGACACAUCAGUGAUUAGGUCACUGGCUGGAUGAUGUGACACAUCAGUGAUUAGGUCACUGGCUGGAUGAUGUGACACAUCAGUGAUUAGGUCACUGUCUGGAUGAUGUGACACAUCACCAGUUAGGUCACUGUCUGGAUGAUGUGACACAUCAGUGAUUAGGUCACUGGAUGAUGUGACACAUCAGUGAUUAGGUCACUGGAUGAUGUGACACAUCACCAGUUAGAUCACUGUCUGGAUGAUGUGACACGUCACCAGUUAGGUCACUGUCUGGAUGAUGUGACACAUCAGUGAUUAGGUCACUGGAUGAUGUGACACAUCAGUGAUUAGGUCACUGGAUGAUGUGACACAUCACCAGUUAGAUCACUGUCUGGAUGAUGUGACACAUCAAUGAUUAGAUCACUGUCUGGAUGAUGUGACACAUCAAUGAUUAGAUCACUGUCUGGAUGAUGUGACACGUCAGGGAUUAGGUCACUGUCUGGAUGAUGUGACACAUCAGUGAUUAGGUCACUGUCUGGAUGAUGUGACACAUCACCAGUUAGGUCACUGUCUGGAUGAUUCAGUAGGUUGUAACAUAAUUUGUAACAAGUUUGUUUUAGAUUUACUCAAAUGUUAACAAAUGCUUGAUGUGCGAUACAAUUCUGGUUAAAUGUGAUGUUUAAGAUGUUAACAUCGGUUGAAAUGUGUGAAGGAUGUGUGAAUGAUGUACAUAUUUACAGUCAGCUGUUGUGAUUUCCUAAAUGAAAUUUGAAUUUUUGUAAACCAGAUUGUAAGAAUUAAUUUAUUCGUUUUGUUUGUUUCAUAAAGCUGUCUGUGAAUAUAUUUGUGUACAGAAUAA